AUGGAGUUCGACGAGACAUUCAAGUUCAGCGACAAAAAGUACGCACAGCGAGCCAGGGCCAUGACACCCACAACACUAUGGGAGCUGGAGCGAUCAACUUUGACCUCCAAAGUCAAAGCGGGCACUGGAAUCGGCGUCUCGACUUUGCUGUUACUCCCUACACUUGGCGUUUCUGGCGUAGGACUGGCAUACAGCAGCCGUGCUGUCGACAUCGCUCGCAGGAAAGUGAAGGCGGCCAAGGAAGAAAUCAAGCGCCGCAAUCUCCCUCCCUACGAUAAGACCAAGCGAGACUACACUAUACCGCUAGGCAUGACUUUCGCAGUGGUACCUGUUACUGGGGUCAUCGAUCUCUUCAGUCUCGGACUUGCUGGAGCAACUGAAGCCGUGUAA